UUCAGACUCAAAUUUGUGUAUUGGUAAAAGGACUUUCCAGAGAAGGCAGGUCUACAGCAAGAGAUCCAAGAUGGAAGGAUACGAAGCCAAUUGGGAGGAUUGGAUGUUUUCAGGAAGCCCAGAUAACUAUAGUGAUUUCCAAAAUGGUACUUUAGAUUUCCUAGGUAAACUUACAGAACCUUGCAAAGAACAUCAAACAACAGAUACAAUAAAAUAUAUUGUAGCUGUUAUCUAUUUGCUGGUUUGCAUUUUGAGCCUGCUGGGCAACUCCUUGGUGAUUCUGGUGGUGAGCUACAGCAAAGAAACCCAUUCUGUUACUGAUGUUUAUCUCCUGAACCUGGCUAUUGCCGACCUUCUCUUUGCAGUCACCUUGCCCAUCUGGGCUGUGUAUCGAGCUCAUGAGUGGAUCUUUGGCACUUUCAUGUGCAAAACCUCAGUCCUGAAGGAAGUCAACUUCUACAGUGGUGUCCUCCUAUUGGCCUUUAUCAGUUUUGAUCGUUAUUUGGCAAUAGUUUAUGCUACUCGGGCCGCUACUCAGAAGAGGCACUGGGUCAAAUUUGUCUGCAUCGGCAUCUGGCUCUUUGCCUUCCUCUUCUCGCUUCCUGUGAUCCGCUUCCGGGAAGCUUUUAAACUCUCAAAUGUCUCUAACAGGGUUUGUUAUGAGAACAUUGGUGGGAAUCAAACAGCUGAAUGGAGGGUAAUAUUGAGAAUUUUACCUCAGGUGUUUGGUUUUCUCCUCCCCUUGACUAUCAUGAUCAUUUGCUAUGGAAUAACAGUGCACAGACUCCACCAGAUGAAGAACAAGCAAAAGAAGAAGGCAAUGAAAGUAAUCUUGGCCGUCGUGCUGGUCUUUGUGAUCUGUUGGCUGCCCUACAACAUCGCCCUGCUUUUUGAUACUUUGUUGAGACUUCGCUACAUUAACGACACCUGCUCAGUUCGAGAAAGAAUUGAUGAUGCUUUGUCAGGUACUGAGAUUUUGGGAGUUGCUCACAGCUGUAUCAAUCCCAUCAUAUACGCUUUUAUAGGACAGAAAUUCCGGAACAACUUCCUCAAGAUCUUGUUCUCACGAGGUAUGAUCAGCAAAGAGAUCCUGAUUCGAUAUAGGAAGGGAUCCACCUAUUCAAGUUCCUCUGGUAACACUUCAACUACCCUGUAAUAAACUUGCCUGCCAGAAGAAAAGGCGACUGAAAAAAUUCUCUGCCUGGGUGACCUGGCAUCUUCUGUGGGGAUACAUCAACAACUGUAGAGAUCACUGUUUGCUUUGCACUGGGAAUGCUAUUAAUGUCAUUUUUAAAAGCUCUGCUUAUUUCUCUGAAAAGACAUUUCUCCAAGUUGUGUGACUGGUCUCUUGAUUUCCUUCCUUCCCAUAAUUUUUAUCACUUUUCUUAUAUUAAUAUAAUAUCUUUUUCAUUCAAAAAAAGAGUAAGAAAGCCAGAGUCAUAGUCAAGCUAUCCGCCAUCCAAACAAUCUAAAUAAAAUAUAUCACAUUCUGGACAUCUGAAAAUAUUAUUCUCUUAAGAUCAGGCUAUUGCCCCUUUUCAAAUUAAGUCUACCAGUUUGUAUCUAUGGAAUGUUUUUAUAAAUGGAACACAAAAUCUGUUUUUUUCUACAGCCCAUCUGUCCAAAAUCAAAAUCUAGCAGGCAUUUAGGUAGAUGAAGCCACAUUUUCACUUGAGCUUUACUAAACAUAAACAUUAGAGAGAAGUUGAAGUAGCAAAAAUGUUGAUCCCCUCCCCUUUUUUUUCUCCUUCUGUCUUUUUUAUAUUGUAUACUUGGUACGCUUGUGCAUCUGAAUAAAAAUAAUUUUGCCUGUGCACUUAUGACUAGA